AUCAUGAUUUUUAGUCGAGGAGUGGAGCCGACAAAAAUUCCUAAGUCUAAAAUAUUUCUCUUUAAUCUCUCAGAAUUCUUUCCCAUUCUAUAUAUUUUCCUUUUUUUCUCAAUAGAAGUCCUCGAUUAUCAUCUCAUCAUCUCUUCAAGACCCCAAUCUCAACCUCCUUCUUCUUCCUUUUUUUAGAUUUCCAUCUCUGCAAUUCCUCUCUAAAACCAUGGGGGAUCCAACCCGUAGGGUGGCCCAGUUAUUAAUACCUUAGAGUUCUGAAUGGUGUAUCUAGGCCCAUUAAAUGUAUCAUGUUUCACCAAACGAGUGUGUUAGAAGUUGGAGAGGUGUCAAAAUGUAUGGGUCACUGUCUGGUACUCUGAUACGGUGUUAUGGGAUUGGAAAACACGUGGGAUGGAUUGGUGUAGCUGAGUUAGUGGGUGGUUCAGUUAGGUUUCUUAGGAAAGUUGUUUUUUCAUAUUCAAGAAUGCAGGUUGGAAGAUGGUAGUAUUGUGGACCGCUCCACUUUCUCUUCUGUUUAAUUCAAAGUGAACCUACAACCAGCAUUUUCUUUAAUAAUUUUGAGUCUUUGACCUUUCAUGACAUAUUAUUUUAUAACUAUUUGUUCUAAAUUUUGAUUUGUAAUGUUUGUAAUGCAUGUAAAUAUUGUAAGACGGGUAGAGAUAAGUUAAAGUAUUUGUUGGUCAAACUAGUGUUAAAGCAGUCAGUGCUGUAAGGAACCUUCAGGAACCCAUUAGAAAACGUUUUAUUUUCACUCAUCUUUGCAGGCUAAUGCAGCAUCUGGAAUGGCAGUGCAUGAUGACUGCAAGCUAAAGUUUUUAGAGUUGAAGGCUAAAAGAACUUACCGCUUCAUAGUUUUUAAGAUUGAGGAGAAACAAAAGCAGGUUGUUGUGGAAAAAGUUGGUGAACCAACUCAAAGCUAUGAAGAUUUCACUGCAAGCCUCCCUGCUGAUGAGUGCCGAUAUGCUGUCUAUGAUUUUGACUUUGUCACUGAAGAGAAUUGCCAGAAAAGCAGGAUUUUCUUCAUUGCAUGGUCUCCUGACACAUCAAGGGUGAGAAGCAAGAUGAUUUAUGCUAGCUCCAAGGACCGGUUCAAGAGAGAGUUGGAUGGAAUUCAAGUUGAGUUGCAGGCAACUGAUCCUACUGAGAUGGGACUUGACGUCAUAAGAAGCCGUGCCAGCUAAAUGCAAGAUUCCUGCCAUUAGUAGUGGACAUUUUCUUGUUACCUACUGCUUAAAUGUUGAUAGGUUGUGGGGCUGUAUGAACCUACCUGAAUUAUGAUGUUGAGUUUGUUCCAAGUCUUAUGUUACAGGCUUGUUUUCCACAAAAAUAAGUUCAGUCAUUUUCUCUUCUAUCUUUUGUGAUUGGGAUUAUGUGAUGAGUGUCUCGUAGUUGAGCCUAUUGGAAGAGUUGUAUUAAGGAGAUAGGAAACACUCGUUUGGGGAUUAUUUUUGCAACUUGGUUAAUGGAUAUUUGGUAUCGGUUAGUCUUGCAUAAGCAGGUAGUUAUGGCACCGAAUAGAUUAAUGAAGUGCCUGUUUUUAUCGAUCGGUUUAUUUAGAUCUGAUCACAUUCUGUGUAAGUGCUAUCUUGCUAUCCUUGUUAUAACUAGUGAACAAACAGUUCCAUGAAAGGUGCAUUGGUCUUAUCACUGCUGAUUAAGGAGUGCAA